GGCUAUAAUAAUCCGAAACGGGGAAGUCAUUCCAAUGUCUUCAGAAUUCACUCCAGAGACCGAACGCCAGCGACUUCAGUAUCUGGCUUACAUGCAGCCCCACUUGCUGGGAAAUGAGUUCACACAUCUAGAGUUUCCGCGGAGGGUGCAGCGCAAGGAGGUUGGCAAGAGGAUGCUCUACCGUGACUUCAACAUGACCGGCUGGGCAUACAAAACCAUUGAGGAAGACGACUUGAAGUUUCCUCUUAUAUAUGGAGAAGGCAAGAAGGCUCGGGUCAUGGCAACAAUUGGGGUGACCCGAGGACUGGGAGACCAUGACCUGAAGGUGCAUGACUCCAAUAUCUACAUCAAACCUUUCCUGUCCUCAUCUCCUGAG